AUGAGCAACAACGGAGAUCGUAUCGUCGAGCAGCCUGACCCCGCCGAUGUCGCGCGUACUGAUGGCGCGGUCGCGCAGACUCACAAUCCCGAGUUGGCAGUCCCCGUCGUCGCGCCGACUCAUGAUCCCGCGCCCGCGGCCAUGGAUAAACCCGCAGCCGGCCUCGGUGAGGCCGCGAGUACGGAAGCUACGACCACCGACGCUGCGCCCGUCGGAGCUGUGAACACCGAUCACGCCGCCGCGCCGACCCCUGAUGCCUCACCGGCUGUCAAGAAGGGUUCAUCACCAGGCAAGAAGUUCCAGCGCCACCCCGACGACCCUCUCCUUUAUGUUGAGACACUUACGAAAGGAUGGGCUCAGGGCCGCACCCUGACGUUCAUGGAGGGGCACCUCGAAGGUUACCGUGUUGCACGCUCCCAAUCCUACUCGCGCGCUCGCGAUUAUACCGACACCGUCACAAAUGAAUACUUCAACUUCGUACCUUGGCGUAAAGGCGUGCUCGACCCCAUUCCUGAUGGCUUCAAUCCCCAAGCCGUUGAACAUCUCUCCGAAAUCGAGGAAGAUCAGAAGGCCCACAAGAUCGAAGCCAUGAAAUCCUCCAUCAAAGCCUGGCUCGAUCGUCGCAUCGACGGUGCCAAGGCGGCGGGUCGCCCAGGUAGCAAAGAGAACGACGUCUGGACGCGUCUUCUGAAACAGCUAUCCGGAGUUCCCAGUGCGAAGCCCAAGAAGCUCUCCGCCAUGCAGUUCUGGUCCAAGCAGCACUACACCUCGCUCAUCAAGGCCGACUGUGAUAGUUGCUGGGACGCACAGAAGGGACGGCUCGGUACCAACCAACGCUCCCAGUUUCGCGAAAAGGUCACCACUGAGUAUUUCCACCGGCUUUCCGAGGCCGAACAGCUUUCCUGGGCGGAGAAGGCGAAGCAAGACCACACCCGCGAGGUCGCCAAAUGGAACGCGGCUCUCAGCGCUCCCAUUGACAAAUCCCCCGAGGCUCGACAAACUGCCAUCGAUACCGUGCAGACUUUCCUAUCGCCUAUACUUGAUGAGUUACAUGAAGCCACAGGCUUUCAGGUCGCUGUGUUUCUCGGAGGACCAGAGCCUCGCUUCGGCGGACGGAUUAACGUCGUCGCAAUGCAUAGGGGGAAGAACAUCGCUCCGUCACCGCAGCGCUGGCCAGCUGCUCAACCUCAGGCUCACAAGAUCGCACUCAGAAAAUUCAUGGACUUCGUAGAAACUUGUUUCACCGAGGAUAUGAAGGCGCAGUCUGCGCUAAAAAAAGCUGACCAAUCGAGCAAUCCACAGGAAUCCUCGUCUGGUUCUUUGAUGGGCACGAACGAGCCUGGCGACCAGUCGAAAUCCAGCCACGAGGCAUCUGGAUCCUCCGCGCUUCCUCCUUCGGCUGCACCCCAUCCAAAUUCUGUGACGCCGCUCCCUCAAUCUGACGCGAUCCCUCCUCGAUCUGCGCUAUCCCAAAGUGGCGAAAACGCACGACCUCCGAACGCCAGUCAGCGUCCUGCGAACCCCCCUCAAGAUAAAUCACCACGAGGGGCGUCUGCCGUCCUGGCUAGCUCACCUCAUAUCCCCCCCUCCAUCCCCAAGCCAAAACCCGCAGCGCGCAAGACUGCAGCCAGCAAAAUGCCCUCGCAGCCCAUCAGCAAAUCCACGGCACGUAAGGCAAAGCGCAAGGAUGUAGUGCGCUCCAGCGUCAAAGAAGAAAACGAGGCGAUCUACACCACUUCCGAGUCCGAGAGCGCCGUCUCUACUGACGAACAGAUUAGUCCACCUAUCAAGAAGGUCUACAACAUGCGUCGUCGCAGUAUUCAAGCGGAUGAAGAGCCCUCGCCGUCUCAGAACUCCGACGCUCACGCCAAGAUCCAAUCUGACCGAGGUGCCGCAAAAUCUCCGAAAAAAACCACAGCUACCGAAAAGGCGACGAAGAAGGGUCCCAUAAGUCCUACAGCAGAUAACGAGAGCGCGAUUGUCGUCGAUCAGAGACGCGAGCAAGAGUCAGAGGGAGCGGUCAUCGUCAACAAAGACCCCCGCGCUGGCGUUGAAGGAACCGCCAAGGCGCCCCUCAGCAACUUGAACCUCCUCAUCAACCCUCCCGCCUGGAUCCUCCAUGCGCUGGAGUACCUCAGGCUCCCAGAUAUCCUCCUGCCCAUCGAUCGGCGUAAGGUCGAUCGCGGUGGAUCCCCCACGAUCGGAGCACGGCAAGGCUGGACCUUACCCAACCUCUACACGCAGCUUCUGGAAGAAUGGCUGCGCCUGGAGCAGUCUGCUGACUUCGCGUCUCCCCAGGGUCCCGCUGGAAUGUUGGACUCCAAGGAGAGGCCCCGGGAGGUUCACUGGUGGAUCGCGCGUAAGCGCCUCUUUACGGUCCGCCCGUCCAUCCCAGACGUCGACAAGUUCGCGGGACAGUGGUGGAAAUGGUGGGUCCGCCUUCAACCUGAGUGGCGAGAAAUCGCGGCGCCUUCUGGACCGUCACCUUCUCCCCUUCCUCGCCACGGCCUUGAUGGGGAUUGGUCAGCGCUCGACAAGCCCGGCAUCAACGGGUUCUUGUCUGUUGUUGUGUGUCUGAAGUGGUGGGGCUCAGAGACGGCGACUGCGAGCAAUGACCCUUUAUGGGUGACCGCUGUUGAGGACACCAAGUGGGUCAUGAAUUGCAUCGUGCGCGCUCGCUCUCGACGUGACGAGCCAGUCGAAAAGACUGGUAAGGAGAGGCCUGCCAAGCGUCAGCGCACGGUCUAA